AUGACGGGCCCUCGCGCGCGCCGGAGCGCGUCGCCGACCGGGUCGACGGCACGUAACGGCUCUAAGAAGUCGUCUCCGCGAUCGGAGGCGCGUGCGCGCGCAGCAGGGGCGACGGCGGCUCCAGUUCGGUACGACGAAGAUGGGCGCGUCCAAGUGGCCAAGGAUGCUCGCAAAGUCGCUGUUGCUUUGCUCGCAAACAAACGUCGCCGGGCGCUUUCUCCAGAGAAUAUCGCAAAGGUGAACGCUACGGCAUUAUUUCUCGUCACUGUGAGCUUCUCGUAUGGGUUGAUCAAGCAACACGCGUUCCUCAACCGCGUGAGGCGAUCGAUGGAAGAGGAGGACGUGAAGCGCGAGGCGCACGCGCUGGUCACUGAAGAGUGCGCUUCGACUUCGGAUGCGUCGGAAAACACCAUGGACGUCGCGGAUGAUCUUGCUCGCACUCGCUAUGCAGAGCACGUACGGAAUCCACAGCCGUUCUUCGUCCAAACGGUGCACGCAUUCAGUCGCGGUGACGUGACGGCAAUGGAGGCUGUCGCAGAAUUGCGGCGCGUCGGUGUACGGGUCACCAAAGCGUUUAUGGAGAGCGCGCGCUUGGCUCUGUCGUUCAAGGAUCCUAUUCCGCAUCACUCCGCGUGUGAAGACGGUCGCGGAAGGCCGGGCGCCUUGAGCGAGCCGUACGUGAAGCAACUGGCAAAGAUUGUCAAGCACUACAUCAGACAAGGGAUACGUUUGAGUCAAGCAACCAUUCUAUCGAUCGCGAGGAACUUCUAUCUCGAUGAGCACGGCUCAGUUGCACCUCUGAACGCACUCGGAUCGGCUUGGUUCUAUCGAUUCAUCGCAAAGAACGGCAUCGAAUCGUCUCUGUACAACCCGUUGGAUGCGCUGAGAGCGAACUCGGCAACUGAGCACAACGUGCGAAACUUCUUCGAAAGGGUGGCGCGCACGGCGGUCCGAUACGGCUUCGCGGUUUGGAAUGCCGACUUCGACGUGAAUUCUAAACUCAGUGAGAUGAUCAUUUGGAUUGAAUCGAAGAUGAGCCGCGUGUUCACGCUUGACGAGGCGAAGGUGCAACUCGCCUACGAGAAGGGUGUGCGGGGUGUGCGCUUGUUGAUUAUUCGCGGCGAAGAUAACCAGCGUCCGGCGGUCACGGCGAACAAUGCUUUCUCGGCAUCCGUCAUGGGUUGCAGAAAUCUUGCCGGUGAAGCGCUCGCACCCUAUUUUGUUUGCAAUCAGGAGCCAGAUGUUGAUGAUGAUUUUGACAUCCCCGGAACUAUCGUGGACACCACCACGGGUGAGUGCCAAAAGGCUCAAUGGGUCCGAGGCACGAAGAAAGGAUCGUUCGACGCGUACGCGUUCGCGACGUAUCUGAGAGAUCAUCUGGCGCCAUGUAUUCCAGACUUAUCCAAGGAGAAUCCGGCGAUGGUGAUUUGUGACGGCGCCUACACGCACGUCAAGGACGAAGUUGUCGAGUUAUGCGCGGCGAUGGGGAUUCUACUGAUCGUGCUCCCGCCUCACUGCACGCAUCUUCUACAGGGCGAAGACUUGUACCACUUCGGCAAGUUCAAAGGUUCGUUUCGACUUAUCCGUGCUGAGAUCGAAGCUGCGAAGUCACUCGCGUCAGCAUGGUUCAUACAGCAAGUCACGCGCGAGGGUGUGGCGGUUUCAUUUGGCCAGUGCGAGUUCUGGUACGCCAUCCGAGAGGCAUGGAAGGGCGCCUGGACGAAAGAGGCAGUUGGAAAGGGAUUGAAAAUGCAAGGCCUUGUCCCUUUCACUCGUGCGCCGUUUUGGAAGCACUUUCCAGAUCACGUUCGCGAGCGCCCCGAGGAGCCUGAGGACGCUCGUGUACUUGACGCGGAGUCGCGCGCCGAGCGGUGCGCCGAGCGCAUAUCUAUUCCAGGAGCCCCUGGAUUAAGAGUGAUCGCUCGCUCUGACAAUUCCACGUUCAACAUGAGUUUCGAUGGUAGUCCAGAGUCGUUCGCGAGAGCGCCGCUGAACAUCGAAACUAUGAAGCAAGUGCUCGAGAAUGUGAACACUGUGAACAUCGCAGACGCCGACCGUAACAUCAUCAACCAAGUGUUUCAAGAUGCGAUGGCGAAAAUAACAAGUAAGGUGGUCACAACGGUGCGUAAGAAGCGGAAAAGUCGUAGAUACGACCGCUUCGACGAGGUGACGGAACCAGUGAUGGCCCGCCUCGCAGCUGACCGCGACAAGCGAGAGAAAACGAAGAAGAGAACGCACGAUGCAGCUAAAGAUACCAGCGACGGCCGAUACAAAAGCAAUACGGACGCCGUUGACUUCGUCAAGGCGCUGUAUGAACGCUUCGAAGCCACUGGUUCGCUGGAGAAGUCGCUUACAAAAAAAGAACUGAUACACGUGAUGCGCGCAAAGCGAAUUGAGCUCCCGCAAGCACCGAGCCUGGAGUGCUUACGAAACAAGCUUAAAGAGGUUGAUGAGCGGCUCUACGAAGCAAACUUGAACGCACCAAGCGUCAAGAUUGGGCGUAAACCGAAAAGACCACGGCAAACGCCCGCCACGCUCACUGAAAGCGCGCAUUGCGAGGUCUCGUGUCAGGAAGACACCACGACAGCGCAACUUGCCGGCGACGAAGCGGUCGGCCAGAUCGUCGCGGAAUAA